UAUAAUCUUAUUUGCGCACCACCGCCUUUCACUAAGCUUAUUUUCUCAAGCUCUUUCUCCAUUAAAACUCCAAACUUUGGGAAUUUAGGGUUUCAGAAAUUGCUAUUGAAGAACGAAGAUGAUCGAGGUGGUAUUGAAUGAUCGCUUAGGAAAGAAGGUGAAGGUUAAGUGUAACGAGGAUGACACCAUCGGCGACCUGAAGAAGCUUGUGGCGGCCCAGACCGGAACCAGAGCCGAUAAGAUUCGAAUUCAGAAGUGGUACAACAUCUACAAGGACCAUAUCACCCUCAAGGACUACGAGAUCCAUGACGGCAUGGGUCUCGAGCUCUACUACAACUGAUUUCAUCCUUCUUCUUCAGUACGUUUUUUUUUUCGCUUUCGCUUCUGUUUUGUGUUUGGGCUGCUAUUCGAUCAACGUUUCUUGUUAAAAAUUACAAGAACUGUGCUUCUGUCUAUGUUUUACUGUUUCUUAUGAGAAAUUGGUACUAUAAUAGUAUGAUGUAAUUAUUUGGCCCCAAUAGAGAUUAGGGCUUUUAAGCGUAUGAUGUUAUGGAAUGAAUGAUCUAUUUUUUUUUUUU